AUGGCCCUCAGUAUCCGGCAGAAGAGGGUGCGAAGAAUCUCCGGAGACCCAGUCGAUGGGGUUGUGGUGCAAGGCCCUGUGGAUGGUCUGGCUACUGGCACCCCACUCUAUAGUGUGGCGGUGCAAGGCACUAUAGAUGGAAGGACUACUUGUAGACCAAGGGGUUGGAGGUUUGGUACCUGGAAUGUAGGCACGUUGACAGGAAGAAGUUUGGAAGUGGUGGAGGAGCUGCAGAGGAGAAUGGUUGACGUGGCUGCAUUACAGGAGGUCAGAUGGAAGGGUGAGGGUACAAGGUUUGUGGGGGCUAAAGGUGGAAGAUAUAAGUUGUGGUGGAAGGGGGAUGAUGGCCUAUACUUUACUCUAUUACAAUCAAAUGAGCAUUAUUCGUCAAGAUUUACUAUUGCUGACAGUAUUUAUGGAACCACAUUUUUCGUAACAACAGGAUUUCACGGAGCACAUGUAAUCAUUGGGUCCACCUUCUUAGCUAUUUGCCUAAUUCGUGUAAUCAAAAAUUAA